UCUGGAACUCCAGUGCUGUUAGCUGAGACACAAAUUCAGAAACUUCCCACCUGCAGAUUUUCCCACCUCGACAGGAACUCUUCACAUGCAUCGUGACGAUCUGAAGUUACUUCGUUACUAAACUUCAUAACGGAAUAAUUCUAAAGAUCCACCUGGAAUGUUAUUGUAUUGCGGAGACACUUGUUUCUGUUCCAGUCUGCUUUUUAACAUUCCUAAUUAUUAAUCACUCUACUCUCUGUUUAAUGAUGUAAAUUCAGCAUAAUCUGUACUGGACUGACAGGAAGAGUGUUUACCUUGGACCUCACACAGGAGCCUAUACAUCAACACAGGGCUUGGUGGUGAGUCAGCAGCUAAAAUCUGCAACGCUACACUACAACAAAAAGAAGCACUAAGUGUUUCAAAAGACUUAUCCACCGAAUACAAAAGCUCACAAACUGUCAGAGAUAUCGACAACAAAAUCCUUGCUGUGCUGCCCAAAGUUUCAGAGUUACGAAAGCAUUUCGAAUCUGAAAUCACAAGUGAUAAGAACAUGAAGAGAAAAGAGAGGAUUGCUCGAAGGCUGGAGGGGAUAGAGACAGAUGUGCCAUCUGCCCUGGCCACAGGCAUGCAAUACACACCUGGCAUGGUGACCAAUCGGCUUCUUGAGGAAGACACGCCGUGGUAUACUCGUGCUUCAGACACUAAUGAGCCAGUGAGGCACUACAGUCGGGAUGAGCUGGAUAACACAGAAAGGCAAUCAAGAGCACAAACACGACCCAGUGCACAAUUACCUGUGCAUCUUGAUCAGACUUCCAACCCUGAAAACCCUGACCUGGCCAGCCUCAGCUCCAAAGCUGAACGAAUAGCCCGCUACAAAGCCGAACGUCGGCGGCAGUUGUCAGAACGUUACGGGAUCCUCCUUGACCAGGAGCCUGAUAUAGAUUACGUGCCAAGACAUACACGAGCACGCAGGGAGCCGAUGGGCAAACAAGCUUUGCCUGAUGGGGGGCAUGGUCAGAAGCAGGAACAGUUGAGAGAGGAGAAGGGGCGUGAUAGUAGCACCAACAGGUCAAGAUAUAGCAGCUCAGGUGUUGGCCGGGUGUCUAUGCCAACUGAUGAAUCUACCUCUCACAUACACCGGGAAAGAAGAAACACUUUCAGUUAUCGAGACAAAAGAAUGGAUGCAGACCAAGAGAGUGAAAGGGCCAACCUGGAUAACUACAGGAGAAUGCCAGACAGCAACCCUCGAACACACCCACAAGAAGCUCCAACUACUGUGGACAAGGGUCCAGCUCAACAGGCCAGAGGUGUUACUGCAGUGCCUAGAUCCCCUUGUGCAGCACGCCGUGCCUCAUUGCCUUCCACACGUCAAGGAAUCUCCCCGGGAGACUUGUUCAUUGAACAGCAGGCACAAAACAUCCUCAGCCGACAGGGAAUACGAGGGAGAGAGAGACGGGCAAGGGAUGACAGCUUAGGACGGAUGUCUGAUUCAGGAUCAGAUGCAUCAUCGGUCCGGCGUCUCCCUGUUGAUACUCCUUCACAUUUAUCCCCUUAUUCUGACCCUACAAUCCACCUAGAAACAUGGACUGCAGAACCCACAGGCCAACAGCAUAAUUUACAUAGAGAACCUUCCCAUUACUACCGAGCACACAGUGCUGAACCACCACGAUACCAACGUGCACAGAGUAUAGAAUCUGCUAGCCAUCAGCAAUUACUCCCAAGCGAACAACAGGGUUUUCCAAAUGUAGAACAUCUGAAUUAUGAUCAUAGGAGUCAGGAGCAUCACAAAACUUCUAGUCGCCAGCCGGAAUAUACACAAAUUUCACCCUAUUACAGGGACAUCCAACAGCCAACUAAAAUAUGUAGAGUUCCCACACAGACUCAUUCUAUUAACAGAGACUUUCAAGAGUUAUUUCCUGAGACUAGAAAUGCCCCUCAACCUGAACUAAAGUAUAUACAUGCCCAUCAACCAAUGCUUGUGGGUAAUGCUUCUCAUCAGCAACCUCUGCUGUAUAAGGUUGAACAGGUUCCCCCAUCAUUUGGACAGAAUCAGCAAAUUAUUUCUGGAUACAGUCAUGGUCAUCCUCUGACUUAUGGUCCUAUUGAAGACUUGCAUCCUGCCUACGGACAUACUCAACACCAUAGUCCUUCUCACUGGCCUAGUCAACAAUCUGCUCCAUUAAAUGGGAAUAUUCCAUGUUCUUCACCCAGGCCUUCUAAAACACAUGUGUCUGCAGAGCCUCAGGGCAAUGCAGACAUACCGAGGUUGACGCCAAUUGGUAGGGAAGGUGAAGAAACCAAGCAAACGGCCAGUGCUGAUUAUAUUCCACUUUUCCAAAGAGAGGGCAGAUCUGCUUCUAGGACUGACCAACCAUCAAAAUGCCUGCUGAAGAGUAGAAAAGCUGUGUUGCCUUCAGAAAUUCGCCGUCGGGAGAGAAGUGUAGAUGACACCAUGCAGAGACACACUGAGGAAGUUUUGGAGGGUAGGAGAAGCAGAAGAAUCAGCCAGUUAGAAGAGUUUAAUCGAGCAGGUGAAGUGAGUGUCAGCCAGUUAGAUGUGGAGGCAGAUAAAGGCAGAAGCAGGCUGAGCAGCUUUGGGGAGAGAGAAGGACAUGAUGAGAGAAGAGUCAGUCCAUUGGGGGAGGAAGGAAGUAAAGGAGAAAAUAAGACCAACCACAUGCAGAACAGAGCAGUCCAUGAUGAUGGGAAAACAAGCAAGUCUCAAGAAAGAGUGGGAUUGGGCAGCAAAAAGAGAAUGCAGGGAGAAAAUGUUGGGUAUGAAAGGAUAGAAGGGAACGAGAGGUGGGAUGAUUGUCAAAUAAGCAAGUUAGCUCAAAUUCAGCAUCAUGGUGAUAAACAAUUCGGUGGUAUUAUAGGAAAGUCAGAGAGAAAAUUACAGAACUUUAAACCCCUUGAAGGUUCAUCGAAGCAGGUUGGUAACUGGGUCAGCAAAUCUGAUGUACCACAAGGCUUUGAGAAAGUACCUACUCAAUUUGAGAUAAAAGAUGAACAAAGUGUAAGGAGAAUGGCAUCGAUUGAGAAAGUGGAGCUAAAUGAAUCCAGGAACUUAAAGGUUGAUGUAGAAAAUAGUGAACGUCAAAUGAUGGUCCAGAAAGAUGUGUCAGAAUUGCAGUGUAGACGAAGGAGGACCAGCCAGCCAGAGGAAGAUGAGGCACAUUUCAGGCACAGAAAGCUAAGCCAAUCUGAAGAAGAUUGGAAAGGACGUAGGGUGCGUAGGAUCAGUCAGUCAGGUAGGUGGGAUGGGCAAGAUCAAAUUGGCCAUACAGCUGGUCACAUGGAGGAAGAUAGACAUAAGAAGAUAAAUAUGGAAAUUCCAAAAGCAAUGGAUACCACACCAACACAACAGGAGGGCAAUGACCAAUCUGUGCAUCACAGACUGGAUGAAGCAGGCUGUUACUUACAGAGCGGUUCCUCCCUCCCACAGGCCCGCCACAGAAGAAGCAGGGAUGACCUCAAACCAAAAGUCCGGACUCGCUCUAUGUCAGAUAUUGGAGUGGCACAGCGGUCUGCAGCAAUUCGUUGUCUUGAUCGUGCUGCGAGUCGAGAAUCCAUUAUGCCAACAGGGAUUGGGCAGAAUGUUAGGGAGACGGGAGCCACCAAUGGUGAAGUAGGGGCUUUGGAUACAAGAGUUUCUGUGGCAAAGUUAAGGCAUUCCUAUCUGGAGAAUGCCUCAGGACACAGGCCUGAAUUAAGUGAGUCUAAGAUAGACACUGCUGCCAUGGAGACUGACCCAGCAGAGGUUGUUGAACAAGAAAAAGGGCAGCGUCGACCUAGACGGUAUAUCAAUCCUGGUGAUGAUCGCAAGUCCUCUGAAAGGUUUAGAACCCAACCAGUCACAUCAGCUGAAAGACUACAUUCUGAUAGGUCCCUGGAACUCCAUAAGACAGAAGUGGAUGAAGAGAAGUUGGAUGAGCGAGCAAAAAUGAGUGUCGCAGCCAAGCGGUCCCUGUUCAGGGAGCUUGAAAAGACUGCAGAAAGUGGUGUUCCCAAACCUCGGUCUCGUAAUGCAGCGGUGGAACGGAGGCUCAGGCGUACACUGGACCGUUCCAGAACCCAACCUGUUACCACAGAAGAAGUAGUCAUUGCUGCAACUUCUCCUGGUCCCCCCACCCAAAUCGCCACUGUUCAAACCACAGCCCCCAGGUUUCCCAGUCCCACAGUAGUCAGCACCACAAUGACUAACUUCAGCAUGAAGACUCCCUCAGCCCCUGAUUCUGCUCCACAGGAGAAGGAAAAGGAGGUGUCACAAGGAGAAGUAGGGACGGGAGAAAGAGCAGGGGCCGAGGAGCCUGACCUGUCAACGCUGAGCCUUUCAGAGAAAAUGGCUCUGUUUAACCGCCUUUCCCAUCCUCCUGCCCAAAAAGCAGAGGACGCAUGCCCAGAUACACGCCCACGCAGGAGAAAUGCCCGGUUCCAAACUCAGCCCAUCACCCAAGAAGAAGUAAAUCAGGAUCUAAUGCAGACUAUAGAUCCAUCAGAUCACACAGGUUUUAUUUCCAUGCCUGAUGGGUUUGUAGUACCACCCCAUGGCAAUCAACUGCAGAAUGGAGGUCUUAAGUUGGAGCCUCUCUCUGCAUCGUUGAUUCGUUCUGUUGCUGCGGUCACCGCCCAGGCUUCUGUUGCCAUGGUGACAAACCUGUCAGUGGCGAUCCCUGCAGAUGUUCACACAGAGACAUGCCCAGCCCUCUCUCGCACUCCUACUCCAGCAGCACCGCCCAAUCUGGUUUCAUCCAAUCACUCACCCCACGAUAAGCUUCCAGCUUAUGAGAGAGGUGUUCGAUAUUUCAGCUUGACAGAGAGUGGAGAAAACUGUCCCCCUGAGAUAUGCUCUCCGCCCCCCUCUGAGGAGCCGAUCCAACCAGGACAAAGCAAGGGCUUGGCUGCUAGAGUAUCAGCCAGUGAGCAGAAACAGGAGGAGGACUAUAUGUAUAGACUUGGUUUGGCAGAAAUCGGGGAAUCCAAGAACCCUCGUGUGUUUAAUCAGAGCACACAUACACACACACACUCUCACACUCAUGGAGAGAGGGAGGCGGGGCUGACUGACAAGAAAGAGAGAGAGCAGAGAGAGUAUGACAGAGUGAGACUGCAAGACUGGGAGAGAGGGAAAGACAAGAUCCCUAUCUCACAAGGUUACCUCUCACCAGACGCUGUUCAGACAGCCUCAGAUGCUCCUGAGAUUGGUCCAUCUGUGUUUCCUGUGAGCACUGCAGUUGUUUCCCUCCAAAGUACUUCACGCACUUCGACUGCUCCUUCACACUCACUCACAUACCUGCAGCACAGUUCUCCUCCAAUCCAAAGCUCUUUUCACAUUUCCCCUCAAACCUCACCUCAGACUCAUCCCAAACCACAGCCAUACCUCCAAUCUCCUCCACCACCCGAAGCACAAAUCUACUCAGAAUCUUUUGGACAGAUACAAACCAAAGUAUCUCCUCAGUCAAUCAAUCCAAAUCAGUCUUAUUCCUACACCCCUCCUCAGACUAAGGUCCCACCUCAGACGCAACCUAAACCCCAGUACAUUGUACCAAGUUGUGUCCAGGCUUCUCCUGUGGCUCAAGAAGAAUCAGAAACGAUGACAUCAAUGUCUAUUAAAGAGAGGUUAGCCUUGUUGAAAAAGAGUGGGGAGGAGGAUUGGAAAAACAGGAUGAACAAGAAACAGGAGGUUGUGCAGGAAGUCGCAUCAAUGAGCAACCAAAUAUGGGAAGAACAAAGCUUCAAGAAGAAGGAAGAGAGGGCUGUUAUUGAGGAGUUUGCCUCAUCUGAACAGGUUUGGGAGCCUGUUUUUGCUUCCACCUAUUCCCCUCCUCCUUUCCAUCCCACCCCAAAAUGUCAGCCUGUAGACCAUCCAUGCCAGAGACUGGGAGAAGGAAUAGAGGGACAGAUGUCCAUUGAAGAACGAAAGCAGAUGAUCUCUACACGAGAAGAGGCAUGGCAAAGCACUGGAAAGGGUGUAGCAAAUGACUCUGGCCAGUAUACUGUGGCUGCUCGGAUGGUGAAGAAAGGACAGAUCUACGAAAGUUCGGGUCUAGCUGCUUCAUCUGCAGUGAUCAGACCCAUUCUGUCUCCUGUCUCUGCAAAGCUAAAAAAUGGAGUGCCAGCUAUCUCUAAACCACAGGAGGAUAUUGAGGUCACAGCAGAUAUGGAAUCUGACAAGAAACUGGAUAAGCUGGAGACGUUUUUGGGAAGGUUGAACAAUAAAGUGACUAGUUUGCAGGAGACGACUCUCACAGUGACUGAAAAGGCUGUGAAAGAAGUAAUGAGACUGGACGAUGAAAUCUUCUCAAAGUUUUAUCGGCAUGUGACGGACAUCCCACGCAGCAUGCCCAGAGUGCCAAUAGAUGAUGACUUUGAUGCCAUAUUUGGCAAACACACGCCAAAGCUGGCAUCAGCAAUGGUGCAUCACAAGAGAGCAAUACGUCCUUUGCGUAACGUUCAGGCAUCACGUAACCCACUAAAGAUUCUGGCAGCCCGAGAUGACAUUAGGCACGAGUACACCGAGCAGAGACUCAACAUCGGUAUUCUGGAAAGCAAGAGGGUGAAACAGGAGAAAAUAAGUAAGAGCACCAGCAUUUCAGAUGCUGCUCUGGCUGGUUUGGCUAGCAAGGAGAACUACAGCAGUGUGAGUUUACGCAGCGUCAGCGUGUCUGAGCAGGUGACCAACAACAGUGCUGCUCCCUACAAAAAGCUCAUGCUCAUGCAAGUCAAAGGACGUAGACAUGUCCAGACAAGACUAGUGGAACCCAGGGUCUCGUCUUUGAACAGUGGUGAUUGUUUUCUGCUGGUUACUCCUGAGAACUGUUUUGUUUGGAUAGGAGAGUUUGCAAAUGUCAUAGAGAAAGCAAAGGCAUCUGAGCUGGCCACUUUUAUCCAGUUGAACCAUGACCUCGGUUGCCGGGCAACGCAAGUGGACACCAUUGAAGAGGGGGUGAAUCCUGAAAGCCCUGCUGCAGCUGAGUUUUGGAAAAUUCUAGGAGGACAAGCCAGCUAUCAGCCCUCUGGAACCCCAGAAGAGGACGAGUGUUUUGAGAGUGCGAUUGUAGAGACAAAUUGCAUCUUUCGUUUGGUGGAUGAUAAAUUGCUUCCUGAUGAUGAUUUCUGGGGUAAAGUUCCUCGUUGCUCACUCCUGGGGUCCAAAGAGGUGCUGGUAUUAGAUUUUGGCAGUGAGGUGUACGUAUGGCAUGGUAAAGAUGUCACACUGGCACAGAGAAAGGUGGCUUUCCAGCUGGCUAAGCACCUGUGGAAUGGCAUCUUUGACUACACUAACUGUGACAUCAACCCACUCGACCCGGGAGGAUGCAAUUCACUCAUACCCAGAAAAGGUCAAGGCCGUCCAGACUGGGCGAUAUUUGGCAGAUUGACUGAACACAAUGAGACAUCUUUGUUCAGAGAGAAGUUCCUGGACUGGAGAGAGAGCACUGAUUCACUUCCAAAGAGCAGCAGUGAACAUUCCUUUGAGCAGAAGCUUGCCCUAAGUACACCCUCUCGUCUGGAGUCUGCUGCUUAUGAUGUGGGGUUGAUGCUCCCAGUGCUCCAGUCCCCCAUCAGCAUGGUUCUGGAAGGGCAGAACGUUGGCCGCGGUCAUGGCCCAGUUGAAAGCGGAUGUUCUGAGGACCAUCUGCGCUCUCUGGAAAUUAGCACGCUCAGUGUGGAUGUCUGGCACAUCCUGGAAUUUGAUUAUAGUCGGCUGCCCAAGCAGAGCAUUGGCCAGUUUCAUGAAGGAGAUGCCUAUGUAGUGAAAUGGAAGUACAUGGUGAGCGUAGCAGUGGGCAACAGGCAGAAGCCAGAGCAGGUUCGCAGUGCUGGUCCAGGGCGAGAGAAGUGCUGCUAUUUCUUCUGGCAAGGCAGGAACUGUACAGUCAGUGAAAAAGGAACUUCUGCAUUGAUGACCAUUGAACUGGAUGAGGAGAGAGGAGCACAGGUGCAGGUGCAGCAGGGCAAAGAGCCACCAUGCUUCCUGCAGUGCUUCAAUGGUGGUAUGAUUGUGCAUUGUGGGAAAAGGGAAGAAGAGGAAGAGAACGUUCAGAGUGAAUGGAGGUUGUACUGUGUUCGUGGUGAGAUACCAGUUGAGGGCCAUCUGCUGGAGGUAGCGUGUCACUGCAGUAGUCUACGCUCUCGGACCUCAAUGAUUCUGUUGAACGUUAACAAAGCCCUUAUCUACCUGUGGCAUGGCUGUAAGGCACAAGCACACACCCGCGCAGUGGCAAACACAGCUGCCGAAAAGAUCAAAGAACAGCGUCCACUGGAGGCAGGCCUGCACAGCAGCUGCAACCUCACCAUAUAUGAGUGUGAAGAAGGGGCAGAGCCCAUGGAAUUCUGGGAGGCGUUGGGCAGGAAGGACCGUAAGGCCUAUGACUGCAUGCUUCAAGAUCCAGGAAAGUUUAACUUCACUCCACGUCUCUUCCAGUUAAGUAGUUCUUCAGGUGAGUUUGUGGCUCAGCAAUUCUUCUACCCAUCCAGAACUCCAGACCUGGUCAGCGCGUUCCCCUUCCUUCAGGAAGACCUGUAUUCUGCACCACAGCCCGCUCUGUUCCUGGUGGAUAACUAUCACGAGGUGUACCUGUGGCAGGGCUGGUGGCCACAAGACACAGAAACACCCGGUUCAGCCCGGAUUCGCUGGGAUGCUGACAGGAAAUGCGCCAUGGAAACAGUGCUGCGUUACUGCAGAGAAAAGAAUGAGCAAAAUCCUCAGAAGUCAUAUUUGAUCCAUGCUGGCCUGGAGCCUCUUACAUUUACCAACAUGUUCCCCAGCUGGGAGCAUCGGGAGGAAAUCACAGAAGUCAUGGAAGAGGAGGGAGAGAUGUGUAACCAGAUCACCCUGGUGGAGGAUGUUUUGGCUCGCCUUUGUCAAAGCAUUUAUCCUCUUGCAGCACUGCAGAGUCGGCCCCUUCCACACGGUGUGGACCCUCUGCGCCUUGAAAUCUACCUAUCUGAUGAGGACUUUGAGAAAGCCCUGGAGAUGAAGAGAGAAGAUUAUGAAGCCUUGCCAGGGUGGAAACAAGUCAACCUCAAAAAAGCCAAAGGACUCUUUUAAUCGCCUCUCAGUAGUUAUGAUUCUUUCACAGUUAUGGUCCUGUGUGCACUUGGGUUGUGUGACUUCGGAUUGUCAUGACAACAGGGUGAUGUGGGUCAUGCCAAAUGGCACACUAAGUUUAAAAGUGUUUACCUGCUGUGGUGUCUGUCUCUGAUGUUGAUGUGUUUUGUUCCUAUGCACUUUCAACAGUCACCACUGUGUGUGAUCUCACAUUUCUAUAAACUGUGCUGUGCAGUAAGGUUCCGUAUCUUUUCCGACAACAGCUGUUCCGUUAUCUUCUUAAUAUUAAAAUAAAGCUAAUAAAGUCUG